AUGUCGCUCAACGACCUGUCGCAGGGCGCCAUUGCCCAAAUGAUCCAGACUUCGGAUCCUGCUAGUUCUUCGGUCCAGAACCCCGUCUGCCAGAUCCUCAGCAUCAAAAAGAUCCAGGCUAGUGCCACUUCCGCAGCCAAUGUUGGAGACCGCUAUCGCAUCAUCCUCUCGGAUGGCAUAAAUUAUGCACAGGCCAUGCUGGCUUCGCAGAAGCGUUCGAUGGUCGAGUCGGGCGAGCUUGAGAAAAACUGCCUGGUUCGGGUCACUCAAUUCGCCAGCAACUCAGUGCAGAACCGACGCAUCCUCAUCCUGCUCGACCUGGACGUCGUUCAUAAGCCCACCGAGGACCGUCUCGGCCACCCCACCAAUGUCGAAGAGGCUGUCAAGGCUGAAGGCGGUGUCAAGCAGGAAGGCGGUGCCAACGCUUUGGGCAACAGCGCUCUGGGCAAUAACUCGGCCGGUCGAACUACACCUGCGACCUCGGCUAUGGGGAAAGCAGCGGGUGGUCGACCGGGCGGAGGCAGCGUCCACGCUGGCAUGCCCAUCUAUCCCAUCGAGGGUCUCUCGCCUUACCAGAACCGCUGGACGAUCAAGGCUCGUGUUACCUCCAAGUCCGACAUCCGCCACUGGUCCAACCAGCGUGGCGAAGGCAAGCUUUUCUCGGUCAACUUGCUCGACGACAGCGGUGAGAUCAAGGCAACUGGCUUCAACGAUGCCGUUGACCGCUUCUACCCGCUGCUGCAAGAGAAUCACGUCUACCUCAUCUCCAAGGCGCGCGUCAACAUUGCCAAGAAACAGUUCAGCAACCUGCAAAACGAGUACGAGAUCACGUUUGAAAACUCGACCGAGAUCGAGGAGUGCACCGACGCCACGGACGUUCCCGAGGUCAAGUACGAGUUUGUGCGCAUCAACGAGCUGGAAAGCGUCGAGGCCAACCAGACGUGCGAUGUGAUCGGUAUUCUGGACAGCUACGGCGAGCUGAGCGAGAUUGUAUCCAAAGCAUCGCAGCGACCCGUGCAGAAGCGAGAGUUGACGCUCGUGGAUCAAGGCAACAGGAGUGUGAAACUGACACUGUGGGGUAAAACCGCCGAGACGUUCCCGACCAAUGCAGGCGUGGACGAAAAGCCGGUAUUGGCAUUCAAGGGCGUCAAAGUGGGCGAUUUCGGUGGACGCUCUUUGAGCAUGUUUUCGAGCUCGACGAUGCUGAUCAACCCGGACAUUACCGAGUCGCACGUGCUUCGAGGAUGGUACGACAACGACGGAGCUCACGCUCAGUUCCAGCCUUACACCAAUGGCGGCGUGGGCGGCGGAGCGAUGGGCGGCGGCGGUGCAGGUGCCAACAUGGCCGAACGACGUACGAUUGUUCAAGUCAAGGACGAAAAUCUGGGCAUGUCGGAAAAACCCGACUACUUCAACGUGCGCGCCACAGUGGUGUACAUCAAGCAGGAGAACCUGUACUACACAGCGUGCGCUUCGGAGGGCUGCAACAAGAAAGUGAAUCUGGACCACGAGAACAACUGGCGCUGCGAGAAAUGCGAUCGCUCGUACGCCACGCCCGAGUACCGCUACAUCCUCUCCACCAACGUCGCCGAUGCUACCGGCCAGAUGUGGCUGUCGGGCUUCAACGAGGAUGCGACGCAGCUGAUCGGCAUGUCGGCAGGCGAACUGCACAAAUUGCGCGAAGAGAGCGAGUCAGAGUUCAGCGCGGCGCUCCACCGGGCUGCCAACAGAAUGUACAUGUUCAACUGCAGAGCAAAGAUGGACACGUUCAACGAUACCGCUCGCGUAAGAUACACGAUCAGCCGUGCAGCGCCCGUGGAUUUCGCCAAAGCGGGCAUGGAGUUGGUGGAUGCGAUCAGAGCCUAUAUGUAA